CGUGCUGACACUCAAUAAACCGGUUUAUCAUGGGAGAGUUAUCUCAAUAUGUGGACUGAAGACUUCAACCGUCAAUCACAGUGACGGACAACCUGAUCCAGGUAGAGCUGCUGGUAGAAGAAACACUUACAUCCUCUUAAAAUAAGUGGAUUUUAAUUUGUGCAAGACUUUAUACCUUUUAGAGGCCGUAUUUCAGUGAAUUCUACAAUGUCAGAGGUGUCAUACGAACAGCUCAAAUCUAUGCUGGCCAAUCACAGCGUGCAGCUUUUUGAUGUCAGGAAUCCUGAUGAGUUCCAGGCUGGCCGGAUUCCUGAUUCUGUCAACAUUCCUUUGGGACAGCUUGAGGAGUCACUGAAACUCCCACCACAACAGUUUCAACAGCAGUUUGGGGUGAAAGCACCUGGAAAGGAGGACGAUAAUGUAGUUUUCCAUUGCCGAAGCGGGAAAAGGAGUCUGACUGCUCUUGAAAUCGCUCAUCGUCUGGGAUUCUCUAAGGCACGGCAUUUUGCAGGCGGAUACAUUGAUUGGGAAAAGCGGGAGAAGAAGCAAAAGGCAUAACUGAGCAGCGUUUCAAAUUAACUUUACAUCACUAACAGUCAUAGCUAUUAAUUUGGAAAUAGAAGAUAAAAUACUGACAGUUAAAACUGAAGUUGCUCAUUUUUUGUUGUUUAGAAGGUGAAUCUGAGUCGUUAUUAAUAUUGUUUAAUGACUCAUCAGUAGUGUAUGAUUAGUAUCACAUUUCAUAAAGUGUGAAUGUGAAUUACUUACUCGAUUAUUAUUAUGAUAUUAAUAAUGUUUAAUUAAGCUGACUAUCAGAAAAUAGAUUAAACAAACGUAUUUCAGAUUGAACCAGUUCGCUUCUUCAGAUUGAACCAGAUGGAUCAAACUAUUUCUGGACUGUAAAACCAAUGUGAAUAUAUAUUUACAAAUGUGCUUCAUUAAAAUAUUGUUAAAAAGUU